ACUCUCUUUUAACCCAAUUGAUCUCCAAAUUGAACCCAUGCGGUCUACCUCAUCCUGAUAUCUAGGUUGCGAAACCUGGAGAGGGCAUCCUACUUCACCUCGGCGGACAUUCAGCAAGCGGGCGCCACAGCCACCUAUACUCAGAAAAACGCUCUUUGCUUACAGCUCACACCCCCACGGCCCUACCUACUCGAUUCAUUCCCUCCACUAACCACAAUCAAACCAAUAUGGACACAAUCAGAGAACAUCUUUUGUUUCCCAGGAUAUCGGGAGAUGGUGCAGAACGUGGUCAGCGAGCACUGGUGGUGACAGCCGUGCUCACCGGCUUUUCGGUUGUUAUUGUCGCUAUGCGAAUGUAUGCGCGUCUCGGUUUGAUGAAACUGAAGGGUCGCGAGGAUUACAUGAUUCUCAUAUCUCUGAUACUGGCGUGUACAUACCUUGGCCUGGUUGGUGCUGAGGUACACUUCGGACUUGGGAUACACUCUUCCCAGCUUCCAGAUCGUAUUCUGAAGGAGCAGCUGAAGCGACUAUGGGCUGCGAUCCCGUUCUACAACGCCAGCCUGAUCUUCACCAAGUUCUCCAUUCUUUUCCAAUACUUGCGGAUUUUCCCCGACCGCCGUUUUCGACUGGCCUGUUACGUUGUGCUAGGCAUCGUGGCUACCUACGGAACGUGGGCGGUCGUCAGUGGCUUCUUGAACUGCGUGCCGGUCUCCAGAUUCUGGGAUCGCACUGUUUCGGGGUACUGUCUCAAUUUCGAAGCGGUCUGGUUCUUCAACGCCUCUAUGAACAUCGCCACCGACGUGACAUUGCUUGUGUUGCCGAUGCCGCUUUUAUCGCAACUGCAGCUUCCGCGAGCGCAGAAGUUCGCGCUCAUGGGUGUUUUCGCUAUUGGUGGACUAGUCGUUAUCACUAGUAUCCUGCGUCUCUCCUCGUUGCGUUCUGUCGCCCAGAACAGUGACACUUCCUGGAGCAACGUCGGCGCCGCCUACUGGACCGCCGCAGAAUGCAACGUCGCCAUCAUCUGCGCGUGCCUGCCCUUCCUCCGCCCCAUCGUCAGCCGCCUCUUCCCCAAGUUCCUGUCCACCAACAGCUACAACCGCUACACGCGCAAUCCCACCGUGUCUGUCAGCCGCAUGACCGCCACCCGCAUGACCGCGCAGUCCCACCGCCACAAGGUCGAGCUUUACUCCCAGGACCGCGACUACGACAUGUAUACCAUUGACGUCAAGUCCGGCGAGGCCAGCCAUGUCGGUGCAGCCGGCGGUGCCUUUGGUGGCAUUGAAGUGCGGACGGAGAUGAUCCAGGAGUCGUCGCAUCACGGCGAAUCCACCAGCCAGCGCCGAUUGGUGGUGGAUGUAUAACGAUCUAUGCUUUACUAUCACUUUCGCUUACCCUAACGAUCUUUUUGUCUCG